AAGGGUGACAUCACGCCCCUCGGUUUUCGAGUCGGUUUUUAUGAAAUCUUUGGGUUUUCCUCUUGACGGCUAUUUUAACUAACUCUUCUUCUCUGUUGUGUGUUUUUCCGUGUGCUCUUUUUGGAAUCUGGAAAGUCUGCGUUUGUUUGUGGUGACUAUACUGCUACGUCUGCGAGUUUGUGUUAGACUAAGGGAUGCGCGCGUGUGACUCGUGGCACGAACUUUGACGGCUGAGAAUCAAACAACCUACGACCUGUCAUUUCACUUUUCCCUUGGUUCUACGAGCUUUAUAAACUACAUAUAUAGCAGACGACAUCUACACCCUCCCUUUUCCUCUGCCCGGCCAUCAAAACCGCUCUCAGACCACACCACUCUCACCCUGCCGAAUUCGGAACUCUCACCACCUUCUCACUUCCUACUCUAAGACAACAAGACCCGAAUCCACGCUCUCACACAUCUACAAUCCUCAAAAUAUACCACACAACACCCAUCACAAUGGAGUCUAUCACCACCACCACCCCCUCCUACACCUCCUCCGGUCCCUCAGCACACAAGCACAUCUGGCUCAUCACCGGCCCCGCCGGCUGCGGAAAAUCAACCGUAGCCUCUCACCUCGCCUCAGCCCUUCACCUCCCCUUCCUUGAAGGCGAUGAUUACCACACCUCCGAAAACGUCUCCAAAAUGGCCUCCGGCCACCCCCUCACCGACUCCGACCGCUGGGACUGGCUCUCCCGCCUCCGCAUCUCCUCCCUCUCCACCCUCUCCCCCCCCACCCCCCCUUCUCCUUCGGGCGUAAUCGUCACCUGCUCAGCCCUCAAGCGCAAAUACCGCGACGUCAUGCGCGUAGCCCCCUACAACGACCCUCGGGUGCUGGUUCACUUCAUUUUUCUGUCCGCGAGCGAGGAAACGCUCCUGAAGAGGGUGGAGGGGCGGAAGGGCCAUUAUUUCGGGAAGGAUAUGGUGAAGAGCCAGUUGGAGAGUUUGGAGGUGCCGGUGGGCGAGAGGGAUGUGGUGGUUAUUGAUGUUAGUGUUGGGAGGGAGGAGGUGCAGAGACGGGCGCUGGAGGUGGUGAGGGAGGCGAUGGGGGUGGAGAGGGCGAAGCUUGCUUGAGCUGAGCGUGAAGUUUGCUUAGGCGCGAGGUUUGCCUAGGGAAGUGGAAGCUGCCAGCCUGGAAGAGUACAGAUCAAGUGCCGCCCAGCUUGCCGGAAAUCCAUCAACCCCACAGCCUCGUCUCACCCCGCAUUCUCGGAGAGCCCUCCCCGCUGCGUCCCCCCACGCAUCGAGGUGCGUUUCAUUGGUCACAUAACAUGGCGUUGGCGUUUUAUUUUGCGGCAUAGACGUGCGAGUUGGUUUGCUUUGGUUUGGAUGGAUGGAUGGGUGUAUGUACAUAGUAAGAAGAAAUGUUACACGAGAGAUUUGUUACCUUGUUUUGCACACUUGCUCACUUACUUGUUUGCUUUUUUGGGUCUGGUGCUUGCUUACUUGUUGUAGACCAGUGAAGAUGUGAGGUGAACCGUGCGCUGCCACCUGUCA